AUGAGGGCUAAUGAUAUACUGAACUUGAUAGAACUGAUUUCUCCAGGCUGCCUUGUGUAUAGCAUCAUCUGCCUGUCCGUCCUAGGAUCUGUUUAUGCAUCUGGAUACAGACACUCAGAUUUAGACGGAAGAUAUCUUUCCUCUCCAGGUCGUAGAGUAGUCACCAGAGUAAGGUAUGAUGAACCUGCUGAGAGGAAUAUCCAUGUUACUCAUGAAGUUCACCAUGUUGUCCAUAAGAAGAGAAAACGAUUAAGGCCAGUGGCUGUGGUUCCGGUUGAGCCAAUCCAUCCUGUAUCCGGGUUCGAAGGAUCCUAUGUAGCUGUCUCCGGAGAUCCAGGACGUGGUUCAGUUCACGUCGUUGAGAAUGUUCCAGCUCUGGGAGCUAAUUCAGUAACAGUUGUGAACGGAGUCAGAUAUUCUAACACACCUGUAGCAGCUUUACACCCUCAGGUGCAUCAUGUAGCGUUAGCUCCGGUACAUGGAGUACCUCCUCCCGUUCCUCAUCCCGGGGUUCAAGGACAAUUUAUACCAAAUGUUAAUCCAAUUCCUCCACGAGGAUCACCAGAUGGCGUAUCAGGAGAUCGUCUUCCUUUACCUAAAUGUUCCUACGUGAAUACAGAUUUCCCUGGAGAUGAUCUAGAUAUAUAUGGAGAUGAUGAUGAUGAUAACAAUAAUAAUGAUGAUAGAAGGAGAGGAGUUAACGCUGGAUCCGCCAGAGCAUGUAAAGCAAGAUGCAGGCUAGAGGAGGAUUGUAUUGUUAUAUUCUACUAGUUGAUAUUUAUAUUGCAGAGCAUGUAAAGCAAG